AUGUUUGGAGUACUAGUCAUAGGAGCUCCAGGCGCUGGGAAGUCGACGUUUUGUGCGGGACUUGCGGAUAUAUUCGACCAGAUACAUCGUCCCUAUAUAACUAUAAAUCUGGAUCCUGCCAAUGAUUUUGUUCUAUAUAAAACGGACUAUAGCAUAAAAGAGAUGAUCACAGUUGAAGAUGUCAUGGAUAGGCUCGGGUUGGGUCCAAAUGGUGCUUUGAAAUACUGCAUUGAUACAUUGUGCCGAAAUCGAACAUGGCUCUUACAGAAGAUUCUGGAUAACAAAGACAAAUACCUCAUCAUUGACUGUCCUGGACAGCUUGAGUUGUACAAAAGCGAGGGGGAUUUGUGCAAGGUGUUCACUUCUCUUCUUCUAAUUUUU